UGUUAACCAAGAUUGUAUAUUUUAAAAGAUAUGGCAAUCUUUAACAAAAGCUAUUGGUUGUGCAAUAUUGUUAUCUUCCUGACUGUUAGCUUAUUUGAAUACAUUUAUGCUCAAGAAUGCCCAGAGAUGGAAGAUAAGGUAGUUGAUUUGAAAGGAUUUGAUCAUUUGGGUUAUACUUUUCCUUGCAUGUACUCAGGAUUUGUCCAAGUUCAUCAGCAAACAGACUCUAGUCUAUAUUAUUGGUUCUUCAGAGACGAAUCUCUAAGUGACACUGCUCCACUUUUUAUCUGGCUUAACGGAGGACCUGGAGCAUCUAGCCAGAUCGGAAAUUUGAUGGAAUUAGGCCCACUCAAGUUAGUCAGGACUGGUAGUGGAGACAUCCAAGUCCAUUCGCUCACCGGCCAAGCUUGGACCGAGGCUGCUAAUAUAAUCUUCCUAGACCAACCUGUUGGGGUUGGUUAUAGCUUUGGAGAUCAAGUUUAUACUUCUGAACAGCAGGUACGAGAGAAUUCUAUCGCAUUUAUCAAAGGAUUUUAUCAAAAGCAUCCUGAGAUGAGAAACAGAGACCUUUAUGUUACUGGAGAAAGCUACGGAGGCAAAUACCAGCCAAACAUAGCCGAUGCAUUCUUGGAGUACAAUAAGGACAAUGCAGAGACAGACCAGAUUCCGCUAAAAGGGAUCAUAGUCGGCAAUGGAUAUGUUGAUCCAUAUACUCAAAGAAUGCAUGCCAGGACUCUUUCAUUAGCAUUAGGGACAGUUCAGUUUGAAUACAUCCCUCAGUUAGAUAUUCUUGAAAAGAGAUGUGAAGAAGCUACCAGAGCAAACCUAACUGAAGCACCAAAGGUAUGCGCUCAGAUCAAUAGCUACAUUACCACUGUUGAUGGAGGGAUGGAUCGAUAUGAUGCGAGGUAUCCUGCUACCAAUUCCUCAACCCAAGAAGCAGAUCUUGAAGAAUAUCUUAACGAUCCUGAGGUUUGUGAUCAACUUCAUGUGAGUGAGUUAUCUACAAAGGAAAGAAAGUAUGCCUACAAGAACCAUACAGUCUAUGAUAAUUUGUUAUCAGAUGGAAUGAAAAGCUAUACCUCAUUGUAUGACAAAUUACUUGAACAAGGCCUUCCGAUCCUUCUCUUUGUUGGAAAUUUAGAUAGAAUUGAUGGGCCAGUGGGAGUGCAAGAGUGGAUGAAUGAGCUCCAGUGGCAAUAUAUGCCAGACUUUCACUCAGAUCCUGGAAGUAUCUAUUAUUACAAAAGAGAUGGAGAUGAUAAACUCACUGUUGGAGGUAAUUUUAGACAGUUCAAGAAUCUUCAUUAUCUGACAAUUUAUACUGCUGGUCAUCUUGUGCCUUCUACUCAAUUAGCGAUGAGUAGAAGUAUGAUUAAGGAUAUGAUUUCUUCCCAAAAGUUGCUUUGCCACGCUGAUGAUCCUCUGUCUUGUAGGCUAGAUAAAAUAUCUUGCUAUUACAUGAAAAACUGUUCAGAGAAUGGGCAAUGCAUUAAUGGAAAAUGUCAUUGAGAUGAAGGAUUUUAUGGAGCUGAUUGCUCAAUCAAGCCAGAUAUUCUCAAAACAUCAGCUUUAAGACUCACUCCAGAGACAUGGGCUCAUUAUACCUGGAAUAGCACUGAAGACUUUGAGGUAUCAAUUAUUGGUGGUAAUACAAUUCUUGAAGUGUUUGCGAUGGAGGGUGAAAUUCCAACAAGAGAUUUGCACAAUUUAUAUCACUCUGGACAUGAUGUAAAGUUCAUUGUGAAAGGAACAGAGAGAACUCAUUUUAUUUCAAUCUUUAAUAAAGAUCCUCACCAGGUCUCAGACUAUGAGAUUCAUGCAGCUCCAGUCGGAGAUUACCCUCACUGGUUGCUUUGGACAUCAAUUGGACUAGGAGCUGCUGUGAUAACUCUCGCAGGAGUGAAUUUCUUCCUAAUUGCAUUUAGAUAAAAUCUCAGAUAACUCAAUACACUAUUU